GAUUGUGGAUUGAAAGAGACGCGCAAGAGAAGCGCCUGACGAUUACUUGGGUUGAUGACAGAAGUACCAUUUUAUUGCUUCAGGAAGUGUGAAUCUAAUAUUUAAAUCCAAGUGGACAGAUAAUCGAGAACUUUUUCUGAUAUAAACAGUAGUUUGAUUCUUUAAUACCUCGAAAGAUCGUUUAAAAUAGUUCAAAGCAAUAGUUAAAUAUUCUGAGCUCUGCUUGUAAGAAGAACAUCAUAUCUCAGGACCAUGGAAUCGUUGAUAGCGAGCGCAACAAGUAUGAGACACAUGCAUUUGGUCGGAGCAGCGGCCCUUCUAGUUAUCACUCUGACCACGUUACAAAUAGGCAUCACAGAUGCAAGAUCAUUAACUGCAGACGAUGGACUUUUUCCAGAAAAUAUCAAUAAACGCAACACAUGGUGGAGCAAAAAGUCACUGGAUACCAUGAACACAAUUCCCCAUUCCAAUUAUGAUAAUGCCGACUUUGAAUUUAACCAGUGUCAAGAUGCUUUAGAAGUGUAUUCAUGUUACGUCAACAAAUGCGUGCAGAGCUUUUUCACGUGCUCUCGACAGUCAGUAUCAGAAGAACUGUUUGGAGCGUGUAAAAUGGUCCACAGAAUGUGCGCGAAAUCCUGUUCGAAGGGCGGAAUGUUGGACGAUCUCAUUCGUUGAAGUGGCACCUCAAUGAUCAAGAACUUCGAACGAAACAAAAACACAUAUUUUACAGACAAAAAACGUCUGCUUUUAUUCUGUUCUAUAGACUUUUGACUUGCGAAGCGUUUUAGGGUUGUAUAUAAUUUGAAAUGUAAACAUAUAAAAAAUACUAAGGGUAUAUAGCAACAAAAAGAAAUGGAUAAAAGCGAAUUUCGAACAGCUGUUUGCUUUUCUGAUUGAAAUAAACAUAACAACAAAACAAUAUGUAUGCUAAUUUGUAGCGCCGAUUUUGAGCAAAUGUUUACCAUUUGUUUAUGCCAUAGCAUACAUAAAUAAAUACGAAAUAAAUAAACAAAUAAACAAUG